AUGAAUGAGUAUCCACACAAGAAUGAGUAUCCACACAAGAAUGAGUAUCCACACACGAAUGAGUAUCCACACAAGAAUGAGUAUCAACACAAGAAUGAGUAUCCACACAAGAAUGAGUAUCCACACACGAAUGAGUAUCCACACAAGAAUGAGUAUCCACACAAGAAUGAGUAUCCACACAAGAAUGAGUAUGCACACAAGAAUGAGUAUCAACACAAGAAUGAGUAUCAACACAAGAAUGAGUAUCCACACAAAAAUGAGUAUCCACACAAGAAUGAGUAUCCACACAAGAAUGAGUAUCCACACAAGAAUGAGUAUACACACAAGAAUGAGUAUCCACACACGAAUGAGUAUCCACACAAGAAUGAGUAUCCACACACGAAUGAGUAUUCACACACAAAUGAGUAUCCACACAAGAAUGGGUAUCCACACACGAAUGAGUAUCCACACAAGAAUGAGUAUCCACACACGAAUGAGUAUCCACACACGAAUGAGUAUCCACACAAGAAUGAGUAUCCACACAAGAAUGAGUAUCCACACAAGAAUGAGUAUCCACACACGAAUGAGUAUUCACACAAGAAUGAGUAUCCACACACGAAUGAGUAUCCACACAAGAAUGAGUAUCCACACAAGAAUGAGUAUCCACACAAGAAUGAGUAUCCACACACGAAUGAGUAUCCACACAAGAAUGAGUAUCCACACCCACACACGAAUGAGUAUCCACACGCGAAUGAGUAUCCACACACGAAUGAGUAUCCACACACGAAUGAGUAUUCACACACGAAUGAGUAUUCACACACGAAUGAGUAUCCACACACGAAUGAGUAUCCACACAAGAAUGAGUAUCCACACAAGAAUGAGUAUCCACACACGAAUGAGUAUCCACACAAGAAUGAGUAUCCACACACGAAUGAGUAUUCACACACGAAUGAGUAUUCACACACGAAUGAGUAUCCACACACGAAUGAGUAUCCACACAAGAAUGAGUAUCCACACAAGAAUGAGUAUCCACACACGAAUGAGUAUCCACACACGAAUGAGUAUUCACACACGAAUGAGUAUCCACACAAGAAUGAGUAUCCACACACGAAUGAGUAUCCACACACGAAUGAGGUGCGCUACCGCCUCCUUCAUGUAUAUGGAUUCAUCGGGUAG